CCUUGAUGGAACUCAACUUUGCCUUGACUCCUGAUCUUACCAUGUUGUUUGCAUAAGAGUCAAGGGACUUACCACUGCAACUUGAUGACCUGGAUCUCCAGACACCGUACACGGGAGAGUGUGUAGCACAUUCAAAAAAAAAACAACAACCGUAGGACGCAACUCGUGGUACCAACAAAAACCGACGCUCCCGAGACGCGUUUUACCAACAAAGUCCACAACUAAGACAAUUCUCUUCGUGUCGACCAUUCACCGGUCUGAGAGUAUCUUUUGAACGGUUGAGACAGCCACUCAUUAGUGGUUGGACUUUCCAAGUGCAAUGGCAAUUGGGAAAGAAGGCAACGUGAAGUGGGUAGAUGGCCUUCGCGGCAUCGCAUCGGCCUUGGUCGUGCUCACCCACCUAGCACGGGCCUGGGACGGCGAGCUCUUCGGUGCCACCUCGAAAGAAGGCGCGGCGCCACGAUUCUUCCAGCUCCCCUACCUGCGCAUCCUCAUCCAGGGGCGCAUCGGCGUGACCAUCUUCGCCUUCGUCACCGGCUAUGUCUGCGCCCUCAAGCCCAUCAAGCUGUACAAGCAGGGCAACCAGGAGGCCGCGUUCGUCUCCAUCAGCAAGUCGGCCCUGCGGCGCUUCCCGCGGCUGUUCUUACCUGCCGCCGCGGCGACCUGUGUGAGCUUUCUCCUGGCCGAGCUGGGCCUGUACGCGGUGGCCAAGCACCAGGACAGCUGGUGGGUGGAUGUGCAGUCGCCCAAGAGGUUCGCGUAUCUGGGGGAGGCGGUGGUGAAUCUGGUCUACAAUAUUGUCACCACGUGGACACGGGGUGUGAAUGACUAUGAUAAUAGCCAGUGGACCCUGUUGCCGCUUCUCAAGGGUAGCAUGUGGGUUUAUGCCUUUAUGGUGGCGACGGCGUAUGUCAAGCCCAGGUACCGCAUGUGGGCGAGUUUUGGGCUGUGGGUGUACUUUUACUGUGCUUCGGACUCGGCUUUCGGAAUGCAAUUCUUCUGGGGCACACUCAUCGCCGACCUGCAGAAUCAUGAGCCCUUCACGGCUCUCAUUGCCAGCCGCCCACGAGCGAGCGCCAUCAUCUCUGGCUUUCUGUUGUUCAUAGGUCUCACAUUCGCGUCGUACCCAGAAGGACACGCCGAGUGGAUGGGUUGGUCGAGAACCCUGCUCAGCAUCAUGAGGCCGAUCCUCCCGAACAACCCGGACUUCCCACGGUUCGCAAGCGGCAUUGGUCUCGAGUUCAUCUCCAUCGGCAUCGUAUUCAGUCCAUUCCUGCAGAAGGCGCUGAGCAGCAGGUACCUGCUGUUCCUGGGCAGGAUGAGCUUUGCCGUGUACCUCCUGCACGGCCCGCUGCUGAAGACGGUGCUUGUGUGGAUGCUGUAUGGCGUGCAGACGCUCCCUGACCACGAGAACGAUAAGGGCGAGAUGGUCAUUACGAGGCUGAAGUAUCCCGGAAACCUGACUCUUGUGGCCUGGCAGAUCGUGUGGCUGCCGAUGUUAUAUGGCAUUGCGAGCCUGUGGAUGAACCACGUCGAUCCGGUCUGCGAGAGGUUGACCAACAGGUUGGUUGAGUACGUCAAGCUGGACGCAUCAGAGAAGGUGUCUGUGUUGCCUACGACGAGGUGAUUGGAGGUUUGGCUACAGGGAAAGAAGAGCUUGCAUGCUAGACAUUGAUCUUCAAAAGGUGGGAUUUCAUGAUCAUUAUGACCUCUUAUUACGAAAGCGUGCGUGGAGACUUGCACAAGCGAAACAUGAUUUUGAUGAGAGAUAAAGUUCUGCGUUUUUCCAAGACCAGUUUCUUUUCAGAGGGCAAUGACCGUUGAAGAAUAGCGAAGGCAAAUUGAGAAACCACUUAUAAUCAGACU